UGUUGAGAUUAGUGUUGACAUCCCCGUUAAGCAUCGAGCGUAUUUCGCAUUGAGCGCUUAACAUAAUUACCUGUUUAUUCAUUUAUUUAUUGAAACGCGUAGGGGCGAGUUAUGGAAUUGAGACGCUUACACUCGGUCGCAGUGCUGAUUAUUCAAAAUAAACAGCAUUAUCAAGCCGGCCUUUAUCUUUCCUUGUUUUGUGUGUCUAUAACAGACAACUCGUAGCACACUGGCCGAGUGAAGUUUUGUGAUUAUUUUAAAUAGAAAUGGCGACAGCGCAGGAAGGUACUGCUCAACUAGGUGUCCCACCCCUAACCGUCAUAGAAGAACAUGGCCAGCGUGGAGAGAUCAAAAAAGGGUCAACUUCUUUUUGCUACGGAGUGGUUAAGGCGGUGGUUGCAGUCUUCGUUUACCUCUCGUUACUUUUUUGCUUGGUCGCCAGCAAAAUUUCCGUUUUAGUAAUUUCACAAGAUUUGACAGAAGGCAACGGCACUGAGAAGCAAUUUCAGACCCACCUUGAUGCGGACGGACGUCUGUCUAUGUUGAUGCUUUUGCUGAUAUUCUUAGUUCCUUAUGUGGUGACAUUUCUGUGGUGUCUCUGGUCGUCUGGGGUGCUGUUCACCAUGGCGGGCUGGCUGUGCUGCCGGUGUUAUUCCGAAGAGAACAACAUGGACUUCGGCUUUAAACCAUGGCCUACUCUCUUAUCUUUCACCGUGGGGUUUGUGUCAAGUGUUUUAGAAGUUGGUGGACUCUGGAUUCUUGUCACCACUGUGUAUACUCACGCGACAGGGAUCACAAGCGUGCUGAUGGGAACGUUCGCUUUCACAGCUUACAACGCCUGGAAUAUUCUUGACAACAUGAUGACGAGACGAAACAGAUCCCCAAAUCCCGACAGUAACAGUAGAAGUCGCUGUCCCGAGGAAAAUGUUGCUACCAUUUUGGCAAUUGUAGCCUUCGUUUUGAACAUCGUUGGGCUUGUGGUAAUAACGGUGUAUGCAAUUAUGGAAAAGUCUAGUACUUCUUUUGGUCAGCUCGGAACUCUGUCAUGGUCAAUUGCGGCGUCUGUUGCCUGUUUUUCUCUGGCCUGGUUCCCUGGAAUUUUGAAAUAUCAAUCAACAGCUUCUAGAUCAGCCAACAAGUCUCGCAGCAUGGCCAAUUCUCCACGGUGGAAGGCUGGACUUUUAACAAACAUGGAGAAGAUAGUUUUGACGCCGCUGACUUUGUAUUUGUUUGGGUUAUAUUACUCCCAUGAUGAUGAUUUCAUCAGAGCUGUCUACGAAAAUCAGGGUUAUGCUUGGGUCACUGGGCUAAGAGAACACCGUCUCUUUUGGUACUUCAUGACAAAUGUUCUGACCAGUUUCAGCGCGUAUGUCUUAACAUGGUUGGCAACCGCACUGGACAUUAGGUUUGUUUUAAGAAAGAGGCACAUUUCUAUGGCAUUUGUUCCCAUGGCGUUGGCGACCCCUCUGUCGGCAUUUGUCGUUGGAUUUUAUCCAGUAUGCAACGUGUUACUACCUGAUUACCAGUGCGAUCAACUUAGGACUGAAUCUUCGACAGUGAAUGCACUUGUCCUAGUCUGUCUCUUCGCUGCGAACUUUAUCUCAGUCGGAGUGUGGCUAGCAAUGAACGAUGCACCAAAGAUUUCAAAGGAAACUCGGUUGUUCUGGCUCCCUACCUACAAUGGGAUUCUUACUGAGCAAUGGUUAUGGCUGAAUAGAAGAACGGGAAAAAAUGACCCACAUUACAAACCUGUGUUCCUACAGAGAAAGGAAUGCCAGAUCUAUAUUUGUACUACAAUGUAUAAUGAGUCCGAAGAGGAGAUGCGACAGCUACUGACAUCCAUCAAGAAUGUGGUAGACAAUAGGGAUGAGAACUCUCCAAGAUACCAUUCACACAUAUGGCUGGACGGGGCGUUCGACACCAAAAGGAAGAAGUCCAAACACCUAAAUGCAAAUGCCCUGCAUCUUUUGUCAUUGAUGAGAAGUGUCUUCGAGGUAGAAUUCGAAAGUAAUCCUGAAAGGAACAUUGGCUUCGAGAGGCACGAUACUCCCUAUGGACUUCAACUUGUGUGGGGAUUUUUUGAUCCCCACUCUGGACAAUAUUCAAUGAGCGUUGUGUUACACUUGAAGGACAACCAGAAGGUGAAAAACAAGAAACGUUGGAGUCAGAUCAUGUACCUGUCGUAUAUCGUUGAUUUAUUGAGUAACAAGCCACGCGAUGAAAGUGAUAAAGCGAUGCAUGAUGCAUGGGAAGAUCGUCUAAAAAAGACCUUCAUCCUUGCCACAGACGCAGAUGUCAAGUUUACCUUGGAUUCCGUGGAGGCGUUGUUUGACGUGUUUCUGCGAGACGACGACCAUAGUGUCAGCGCCGUCUGUGGCCGCACUCAUCCUUUGGGGUCCAAAGUCCAACCUAUAGUGUCCUACCAGGUGUUCGACUAUGCCAUCGGCCAUUGGCUGCAAAAAGUCGCCAACCAUGUACUUGGCAGUGUGCUGUGCGCUCCUGGUUGCUUCACCAUGUAUCGCACGUCCGUUCUUAAACGCACAAUGGCGGAGUACGCCAGUGACGCCAAGACUGGCUUCGAGUUCUUGUACAAAGACAUGGGGGAAGACAGAUGGCUGUGUACUCUUUUGGUUAAGAACCGAAGCGGGAUAGAGUAUUGUGCAGUGGCAGAGGACAAAACGUUCUGUCCGGAGACGUUUGGUGAAUUCUUCAAACAGCGUAGACGCUGGAUCGUAUCCACGAUGGCAAACAUGUGGCUUCUCCUGAAAUCUGCCGAGGAUUUGGUGACGUCAAGUGAAAGGAUCACGUACCCUUUCAUGAUAUACCAGUUUUUUCUACUGGUUUCGUCGUUGAUUGGUCCAGCCACCGUUAUUUUGGUUAUAUCUGGCGGUUUGGAGUACGCAUUUGGAAUAAACGACAUCGCCAUAUCCUUGGUGUUGGUGGUCGUUGCUCUCUUGUUCCUCAGUAUUUGCAUGUACACCUCAAAUGAAACACAGAUUAAUGUAGCAAUAGGUGCCAGUGCAAUUUUUGCUAUCGUAAUGGCGGUGACGUUCAUUGGUACCAUACGGCAGGUGGUGCAGGACUUCAGUACCUUUAACCUAACAUAUAUUUCCUCUCAAAUAAGUGUGACUGAAUUGCCGGUUCCGGUUAGUUCGCUUUACGUCUGUGCAGUAGCUGGGAUGUUUGUGAUAACAGCAUUAUUGCAUCCGACGGAGUUCACCUGCCUUUUCCAUGGUAUCACAUACCUGUUCUUUCUACCGGCUGGCUUUCUCUUCCUCACUAUCUACAGUAUAUGUAACAUUACGGAUCAGAGCUGGGGGACUAGGGAAGCAAAGACAUCUGGUCAAGAGAAAAGCGCUCUUCAGGAAAUAUGGGACCGAGUACAAGGGACGUGUUGCCCAACUCAGAAAAAUACACCCGAAUUUGGCAACGUAGAGAUGAUCACGAAUCUACCAGACGAAGCAAAUGAUACAUCGGCAGGCGGCUCUGUAGAAGAGGAACAAGAAGGCGCCAGAGAAGAUAGAUGCCAUGACGCCAUUUCAGUGAAAAAUUGGUUGUCUGCAAGGUUUCUUCAGAACGAAAUCAAGGCUUGUGAGGACAAUUUUAAAAAACUUGGCUAUGACGACACCACUUUUAUUGCUGGGAUGAGCAAAGAGGAAAUUCGCCAAGUCGGCAUAAUGAGCAGGGACCACGUUAACCUGGUACACGCUGAGGUACAAAGACUUCCCGCCUUUCAAAUAGACCCACAGGUACCAACAGACACUGCAGCAAAGGAAAGGUGGAUUACCUCCAUUGGCCUUGUAAGAUACAGGAAAGCACUACUAGACAACUUUGAUGACUUGAUGACCACUACAGACAAAGAUCAACUGAGGAUUAAAUAUGGAAUUCACAAACCAGGUCACUUGAAGCGCCUGUACAAGUCCAUCCAGCAGCUUCGACCGGCUACUCUUGAUGAAGCAAGCUUGAUGAAGGUCCGAGAAAAAUUGAAAAGCUGCAAGUCUUAUACACUCACCCCAGAAGUGAGAAGAGAGAAAGAAUUUUGGAAAAAUCUUAUUGAUAAGCGCUUGAAACCUUCCGCAGUAUUCAAGGAAAAGGAGGACGCACUUAAAAAUGAGCUGUUAGAUCUCCGCAAGACGGCACUGAUGUGGUUUGCGGUAGUAAACACGUUGUGGCUCACAAUAUUCCUCACCCUUGGUAACUUGGGUACAGACCCAGAAAAACCCGACCUCCAACUUUUUGGGAAUAAUCCAUUAGGUCUAGUGUUUCUGUUCAUCUUCUGCUUCCUGCUUAUCGUACAGUUCCUGGCCAUGCUGUGCCAUCGACUGCUGACCUUCGUCCAUUUGUUGGCGCGUGCGACCUUGGGUGAAGGGAAUGGCGUUUGCUGUUGCCCAAAACUAAGUCGCAACGUAUCCAGUGGAGGAAAUGGCGUUUGCUGUUGCCAAAGAACAGGCGAUCCAGAACAGCCAUACCAAACCUUAAGGGAUAUUGCCAGUAUAAAUUAGCAAACAUAGUGGCAUUUUCACUUCCUUUUCUACAAUUUGUUCAGGAAGAUUCUUUAUUUGACGCUUAUAUCGAAUAUGUUUUUUUAUAUCAAUCACAAUGACGAUCAGCAGACGUUAAGUAUUGGAUUAAAUGAAAUGGCCACUAACAUAAUCGCAUAUUAAAUGCCAUGUUUCUUGCGAUUUGUGUUCCCACUUUUUUCAUAUUACACGUCAGUUAAAUGACUAUAUUCUUUUGAUAAAUACAUAUCUAAUAUGUCUUAUUAGAUAACAUAAUUUUGAAGAAUGUAGACUUUAUACAUAUUUUAUUUUCUACUGGAAUUUUUUCAUGUGUGCAUGUUCCUCAAAAUCGUAGAGCGGCAAAAUUUGACCUUGGCAACAUCGUAACUUUGGCCACUAUUCCUCAACAAGAGAGUGUGUGGGGAAAUUUCGGUUAAAGUAUUUUCCAAUCAAUAUUGGAGGUACAUCAUAUAUUUGUCUUUGCAUGGAAACAAAUGUUUCAGUUGUAUUUAGACUUUUAAAUGAAGUUGUACACAAGCCCGGGUUUGAUGAUGCAUGUUUUUUUUUUCCUUAAAAUAAUAACAAUAAAUAAAAUAAGGAUUUGACGACCCGUAUGCCUUAAAACGAGUCCAACGCGACACAUGUUUGUUUACAUUAACAAGUAUCUUUAUUUUAGCAAUUAUCAUUGUUGAUUUAACACACAAGUCUAUUUUAUCUGGUGGCGUAUAUGGCUACUGUUUAUAUUACUUAUACGCUUAGUUCACCAUUUCAAUAUUGUUAAACCGGUUAAUUGUAUGAAAUCUUUAUUCAAGACUUGGGAGUGUAUGAUGUAUGUGCAUAGGGAAAAUACAAGUUCAUCAUGUUCAUGUACAUGCCAUUAACAAAUACAUAUUGUUAUGAAAAAGAAAAAUUACGACUGAGUUUGAUAAC